AUGGCAGUCAAUGGUAACAGUAUUCCAGCCAUAAAGGACAACACCAUUGGUCCUUGGAAACUAGGUGAAACUCUGGGUCUAGGAAGCACAGGUAAAGUCCAGUUAGCUCGUAAUGAAUCUACGGGACAAGAGGCUGCAGUUAAAGUGAUAUCCAAGGCAGUAUUCAAUACCGGUAAUGUCAGUGGUACUUCAAUUGUCGGCUCCACCACCCCAGAUGCUCUACCUUAUGGUAUAGAACGUGAAAUAAUAAUUAUGAAGUUGUUGAACCACCCAAAUGUAUUACGCUUAUAUGACGUCUGGGAAACAAAUACGGAUUUAUACCUUGUAUUAGAAUAUGCGGAGAAGGGUGAGUUGUUCAACUUAUUGGUCGAGAGAGGCCCGCUACCAGAACAUGAAGCCAUUAGGUUUUUCAGACAAAUUAUUAUUGGUGUUUCAUAUUGUCAUGCUCUAGGUAUUGUCCAUCGUGACCUAAAACCAGAAAAUCUAUUGUUAGAUCAUAAAUAUAACAUUAAGAUUGCAGAUUUUGGUAUGGCUGCUUUAGAAACUGAAGGGAAGCUACUGGAGACAUCAUGUGGAUCCCCACACUAUGCAGCACCAGAAAUCGUAUCUGGUAUACCGUAUCAAGGUUUCGCAAGUGAUGUGUGGUCCUGUGGUGUGAUCCUAUACGCUCUUCUCACUGGUCGGUUGCCCUUUGAUGAGGAAGAUGGAAAUAUAAGAUCACUAUUGCUGAAAGUUCAAAAGGGUGAGUUCGAGUUGCCUUCUGAUGAUGAAAUUUCGCGUGAAGCUCAGGAUUUGAUUAGCAAAAUCUUAACUGUUGACCCAGAAAGAAGAAUCAAAACCAGAGACAUACUCAAACAUCCAUUAUUACAAAAAUAUCCGAGUAUAAGAGAUUCUAAGAGUAUUAGAGGUUUACCAAGAGAAGACACAUAUCUCACACCAUUAUCAGAAAGCAAUUCUUCCAUUGACGCUACGAUUCUACAAAAUUUAGUAAUAUUAUGGCAUGGAAGAGAUCCUGAGGGAAUUAAGGAGAAACUAAGAGAACCUGGCGCAAACGCGGAAAAGACGUUAUAUGCGCUACUGUAUAGAUUUAAGUGUGAUACCCAAAAGGAGCUUAUUAAGCAACAGCAAAUUAAGAAAAGACAGUCGAUUAGUAGUGUUUCUGUUUCUCCAUCUAAAAAAGUAUCGACAACUCCACAACGCAGAAGAAAUAGAGAAUCUUUGAUUAGUGUAACAUCUUCUCGUAAAAAGCCAAUAUCUUUUAACAAAUUUACCGCUUCCAGUGCCUCGUCCAGCAAUUUAACUACGCCUGGUUCCUCGAAACACCUUUCAAAAAAUUUCUCUUCAAAGAAGAAAUUAUCUACGAUCGUUAAUCAAUCUUCUCCAACACCAGCAUCACGUAAUAAAAGAGCUUCUGUUAUAAAUGUGGAAAAAAAUCAGAAAAGGGCCUCUAUCUUUUCUACUACUAAGAAAAACAAAAGAACAUCCAAAUCCAUCAAAAGAAUGUCAUUGAUACCAAGCAUGAAACGUGAAUCAGUAACAACAAAAUUAAUGUCAACAUACGCGAAAUUGGCAGAAGAUGACGAUUGGGAAUACAUUGAAAAGGAAACAAAGAGAACAAGUUCCAAUUUUGCAACUUUGAUAGAUGAAAUUUUUGAAUACGAGAAGUAUGAACAAAUAAGAAAAGAGAAGGAAGAAUUAGAACGUAAAGUGAGAGAAGCGAAAGCACUUGAAGAGUUGGAACGUAGAAAACGUAAGCAAGAAGAAAAAGAACGUACAAGAAAAUUACUAGAAAAGGAAGAUCUGAAAAGAAAACAGGAGGAACUUAAGAAGCAAAUUGAAAUUGAUAUAAGUGAUUUAGAGCAAGAGCUGUCCAAGCACAAAGAAGAGAAACUGGACGGUAAUAUUAGAUCUAUUUCUGCUCCUAUGGAAAACGAAGAAAAAAAUAUCAAUCAUCUGGAGGCUGAUAUCGAUAAUAUUCUCCGUCGUCGUAACUUUUCUUUACAGACUAGACCUGUAUCAAGACUUGACCCUGGUAUAAUGUUCUCGAGUCCUGUUGAGGCAGUGAGUCCAGCGGAACCGAAGAGAACAGAAAAUGAAAGACUUACAACCGAAAAGAAAAUUUUAGAAACUAUUAGGAGAUCAAAAUUUUUGGGGUCAUCGUUCAAUAUUGAUAAAGAAUUGAAAUUAUCUAAAAUGGAAUAUCCAAGUAUAGUCGCACCACAAAGAUUGUCGGAAGACCGGGUAGUGUCAGACCCUAACGGCGGAUAUGAAUCUUUGGUUCUCCCGAAGGAUGCUAGGGGUGUACCUCAGUCGAAGGAUAAUGUCGCACUAACAACAGCUGAUCUCGUCUCUGAUGGUAAAUUGAGGAAAAUUUCUGAGGUUAGAGUACCACAGUUUACCAGAAAAUCAAGGCACUUUAGUGAGUCCAAUAAAAGGCUAUCUGUCUUGUCGAUGUACUCUACCAAAGAGUCAUUUACCAACUUGGUUGAUAUUUUAAAAAACGGUAACCUUGAUGUCAAUAACCAACAAAGCCAAAGAAUCCCAACACCAAGAAGCGCGGAUGAUUCUGAAUUUCUUUUUGAAACUGUCAAUGAAGAAGCUGAAUACACUGGAAAUAGUUCGAACGAUGAGAGAUUGUACGAUGUCGGUGAUUCCACUAUUAAAGAAAAAUCUGCAUUAAAGCUAAAUUUUGCAGACCGUUUUAAUGGAUCCACAGAAGAGAGAGAAACUGAUAACUUGCAUCUUCCAAUCCUUCCUCCGCUAAACGGAGACAAUGAAUUACGUAAGCAGAAGAGCGAGGAAGAUGCUCAAGUGCAUCCAAAGAUUAAGUCGAUGAUACCAGAAUCAGGCUCUUCUUCACAUACUGAAAAGGAGGAAAAGAAAGAGAAAGAAGAACAAGAAGAACAAGAAGAACAAGGAAAACAAGAAGAACAAGGAAAACAAGAAAAACAAGAAAAUACCGAGAAAGGAGUAAAUGAUAUGGAACCACCAUUGAACAAAUCUGUGAAAAAGAUUAGGGAAAAGGAUACUAGCUCGCAGGCAAAGGAUCAUUCAAAGGAUCAUUUAAAAGAGCAUAAGCAGGACAGAAAUGCAACAAAUGGAAAUGGCUCCUUCUUUAGGAAGUUUUCAAAAUCUUCUUCGGAAAAAUCAGUGGAAUUAUAUGCUAAGAUUUCGGCAAAACAAUUGUUUAAUGGUCUAGAGAAGCUGUUACGUGGUUGGACUCAGUAUGGCUUGAAAAAUAUUAAAUCACAUCCGAACAAUCUGACCUUAACGGGUAAACUAUCAAGCGAUAAUAUAUUCUCUUUACGUUCAACGUUGUUUGAGAUUAGCAUUUAUCCUAGAGGUAAGGUGAGCGUUGUCCAGUUCAAGAAAGUUUCUGGUUCAUUCAAAGCCGUUAAGAAGCUGGUUAAUGAAGUUGAAAACGUUCUAAACAAGGAAGGCGUUUUACAGAAAUAG